AUGGCGUUUUGGUUGAGCCUCUGCGUCGCCCUCGCUGCGAGCCACUUCCCUCUUUGUGUCGCUACAUCGCAGUACCCGUCGACCAGUUUCGAGAGCAAAUGCUCUGAUCUCAGACACGCCGCCCAACCGUCGAACAUCACGCCGCUAUACUCGGAGUACGUCCCUGCCGGAACCAACCUGGUCGUGCCCGGCCUCGAUCCGUCAUGCUUCAACUCAACCACCAUCCACGUUGACAUUUGCCGCCUCGGCUUAAAUGUAACCACGUCCGACCGCUCCGACUUCAUCAUGGAGGUCUGGUUGCCCCGGAACUGGACGCGCCGAUUCCUCUCGACUGGCAACGCUGGUAUCAAUGGCUGCAUCGGCUACGACGACAUGACAUACGCCACCGAACUGGGUUUUGCCGCGACGGGCUCGAACAACGGACACAGCGGACAAAACGGCACUCGCUUCCUGAACAACCUUGAGGUUGUCAUUGACUACUCGUACCGCUCUCUGACAAUGUCCACCGCCAUCGGCAAGCACGUCACCGACAAGUUUUACGGAAAGGCACACAGGAAGUCGUAUUACCUGGGCUGCUCCACCGGGGGUCGGCAGGGAUUCAAGAUGGCACAGGACUUUCCCGAUAUUUUCGACGGGAUUGUGGCUGGGGCGCCUGCGUUCAACUUUCAGGGCUUACUGGCAUGGUCCGGCCUGUUCCACAGCAUCAUCAAAGAGGUCGGUCCGGAGGGAGUUCCCCCACGUACGUCGUGGGCCGCGAUCGACGCCGAGAUGUCGUCUCAGUGCGACCACCUUGACGGAGCAAUCGAUGGCAUAUUCGAGGACCCUUCUUUGUGCAACUUUAGACCCGAGGCGCUUAUCUGCCGCCCCGGCGUCAACUCAGCGACGUGUCUCACCGGCAAGCAGGCAGAUACGAUUAGACGCUUCCUGUCGCCCGUCGACGGCGUCAAUGGCACUUUUGUCUAUCCACGUGCCGAGCCCUUUAGCGGCAUCGUCGGCUCCAUACUUUCGGUCUAUGGCAGCGAGCAGUUUCAGUAUACGGACCACUGGUUCAAGUAUGCCGUCUACAACGACUCCAACCUAGAUACGGAGAGCUUGACGCCCGAGCAGUGGGAAUACGCCUUCAAGCACGACCCCGCGAGUGUCAGAACGUACUCGGGCGACCUCACCCAGAUGAGAGACCGCGGUGCCAAGCUGCUGCACUACCACGGCUUGGAGGACCCCUUGAUCAGCUCCGCGAGCUCCACGCACUACUACAACCUUGCGUCCCGGACGAUGAGCCUCGCCAGCGCGGACAUAGACAGGUUCUAUCGGUACUUCCGCAUCAGCGGCAUGAGUCACUGCCUCGGCGGCACGGGCGCCAGCGCGAUCGGGAACCGCGGGGACAACAUGGCGAGUCGAGAUCCCACGGCCAACGUCUUAACUGCCAUGACUCGCUGGGUCGAGGAAGGUGUUCCGCCCGACUUUGUCACGGGCACCAGGCUCCAGGAUGCGGGAGCGCCCGGUCAAGUAGACUACACACGAAGGCAUUGCAAAUACCCGCUGAGAAACGUAAUGAAGGCCGGGGGCAAUUAUACCAACGUGGACGACUGGCACUGCGUGCUGUAG